CUGCCAGCUGCCGUCGCCAUGGGGGCGGGAAUGAAUUCAUUCCUCGACUACUUGCGCGUCCCGCUCAUAGCAUCAUCUGGGGUCGCGGCUCUCCUCAGCGGAGUUUUGUAUUUCAAGCAGAAUGAGCUUAUAUAUGCGCGAAACUUCCCUCCUGAUGCACGUACAAACGUCCCACGCCCCGCAGACUUCGAAUUUACCGACUUUGAAGAACUGUUCAUACCCACGCCCGACGGAGAAUCGCUCAGUGCCUUCUUCCUACGAGCCGACAAGCAGACCGCUCGCAACACCACAAUCCUCAUGUUCCAUGGGAACGCAGGCAACAUCGGCUACCGGCUUCCCAUUGCCAAAAUAUUGGUCAAUGAUCUACGUUGUAACGUUUUGAUGCUGCAGUACCGGGGGUAUGGACUGUCCUCGGGAAACCCAAGUGAAAAAGGAAUCAACAUCGAUGCGCAAACGGCUCUGGACUACAUCCGGGAACGUCGCGAAUUACGGGGAACCCGAAUAGUUCUAUAUGGACAGAGCCUAGGAGGUGCAGUGGCCAUCAAUUUAGCAGCGAAGAACGUGAAGCGAGGCGACAUUGCUGGCAUUGUACUCGAGAACACAUUCACAUCGAUGCGCAAAAUGAUACCCUCCGCCCUUCCACCCGCGAAAUAUCUCGCUCCUCUCUGCCAUCAAGUCUGGCCAAGCGAAGAUGUGCUUCCUCAAGUCGUUGGUACGCCAAUUCUGUUCCUCAGCGGACUGCGAGAUGAAAUCGUACCCCCAGCACAUAUGAAGAAGUUGUUCCAAGUGUGCCGCUCAGAACCAAAAGUCUGGCGAGAGCUUCCCAAUGGUAGCCACAACGAUUCGGUUAUGGAAGCUGGCUAUUUUGCGUACAUUGAGAGAUUCCUGUCGGAGCAUAUUGCAAAGUGA